AUGACGCUCCUCGACCUUCCUGAAGAAAUCCUCUACAUCAUCUCUGCAUACGUCUCAGCUAGAGACAGAGUUACUUUACUGUCCGCUAGUCGAAAGUGUAGACAAGUCUAUGAACCAAUUCAUUAUCGGCAGGACGCCUGUGGCAAGAAACCAGUUGCACUAAUUUGGGCCUCGGAAAAUGGCAAUGUUCAGACCAUAAAGAAAGCUAUCACAGUAGUGAUGGCGUUCACGUUCCCCGAGGAGUCGACGGUCGAGGGCCACCAGAGAGCAGAUCCGAACGAGAAGGACGAUCACGGCCAAACCACCUUGUCACUAUCCUCCGUUAUGGGAAACACAAGCGUUGUGAAGUUACUACUUUCGGUCAGCGGAAUCAACCCUGACCCCAUCGAUAAUUAUGGCCGAUCGGCGCUCUCUCUUGCCGCUGAGGCUGGCCACGUGGGUGUUGUGGAGCUCUUGCUUAACAUUGAGGGGGUCAAUGCAGACUCUAGGGACGUCGACGGACAGUCUCCGCUUUGGUUCGCCAUCGGCAAGUCUCAUAGGGAGGUCGUAAACCUCCUUAUAGGAACCGGGAGGGUCGACAUCGGUAUGACGGAUAACGAUGGCAAUUCACCUCUCGCAUGGGCGGCCUGGAAAGGCAAUUUGGACAUGGGCCAGACUGCCCUUACUACCGCAUCUAUAAACGGGAAUGAGGCCAUUGUCAAGCUCCUUCUAGCCACAGAGGGCGUAGACCCCAACUAA